AUGCGCGUCUUCCAACUCGCUCUGCUGGCUGCCGCUGCUCUUCUCGCCACUGCAAGCGCUUCAGUCCCCCCAACCGAAGUACAGUGCCCGAGACCCCAACCUGGAAUCGCGCGUUUGCCUCGGAAGACAACACCAAACGCUCUCUACGGACCGACAAGUCGGCCGACUUUUGACUUCGACGAGGAGAACGAGGGGAGGGGCUUCGGACUACUAAGCCAGGCAACCUUGGUCAAGCAAUACUACAGCGAACGCAACGAGUUCGCCGAUUGGUUUCUCAAGGGCAAAGGACACCCGUAUAUGUACGGUGAGCUGGGCAUGGCAAAGGAGGGGGUAGGCAGCAAGGCGUACCUCAAGCUCAUGCGCUACGUCGACUACUUUGAGCAGUACAAGGCCAUUGCGAUAAGAUUCGGUUCCACGUUUAAACUAACUGGUGGUAGUAAUGAGACAGCCCAGACUUCAUGA